AUGAAUAAGGCUUUGUUGCCUUUUUUUUUUUUUUUUUUUUUUUUUACCAGGUCCACCAUUCUUUUAGACAGCAAGUCUCUGCUGCGGGGUCGGGCAGUGUCUGACCAGGCCAUCGCAGAGGCGCUCUUGUCCACGAUGCUGCUGGAGGACAGCUCCCCACGCCAGGCACUUGCUGAUUUCUUGUUAGCACGGAAGGCCUCCAUCCAUCAGUUGCUCAAUCAGCCCCAACAUGGUGCGGGGAUUAAAGCUCAAGUGUGCAGCCUAGUGGAACUGCUGGUGACCACGUUGUUUCAAGCGUAUGCUGUUUUCUACAUGCACCCUGAGGGGGCCCCCAGACCUGGAGAAACAACCCUUAGCUGUGGCCUGCUCUUUUCCAUCCUGGAAAAUGUUACCUCCUCUGCAUCUGCAGCGAAAGCUAAGAAUGUGCUUCAGGAAGACACAAGUACAGGAAGCUGGUUCAAGUAUCUGCCCCCUUCUGUCACGGAGUUCCAGCCGACACUUCGAGCCCUGGCACAGCCAAUCCAAAGAGAGCACCUACGGGACACCUUACAGCAGUGGAUUGAAACAUGUAAGGAGGACAUCUGCCAUGGUGUUGGUAGCCUUCUGGUCUUUGUGAAGAACUUGAAGGGAUUGGCUGCCAUUCGAGAUGCUAUCUGGGACCUCCUCUCUGCCGACUCCAUCAAUCAGCACUGGGACACAGUGUGCCAGCGGCUGCUGGAGCGCCGCCUGCCCAUAUGGGAUGACUUCCUUCAACAGCUCUUUCUUCAGCGCUUACAGGCGAUCACCAAAGAAGAAACUGAAGGCAUCUCACUGAGCUCCGUGCAGCUCCUCACCUCUGCUGUCAAGGAUCUGGAAGGACAAACCGCCAAUAGCCGGGAGGCCCAGUAUGAAAUCGACGUGUCGUCCUAUUUGUGGUCAGAGUCUCCAGGGGACCUGCCGAAUGAUGCGGGUUGGGUUGGUGUGGCGCAGAGGGGGGAGCAACAGCUAAAAAGUGGUCUGGCCAUGAAAACGCAGGCCCUGACGCCCUGCGUUCAAAAUUUUUGCUCUUCCCUGGACGCCAAGCUGAAAGCACGGCUUGAUGACCUCCAGCACUACCUUCCAUCCAAGUAUGCAGGCGCUGACUCCAUAUCAGUUACACUACCGGCAUCAGGUCCCGAGGGCUCGUCAGCAUCCUCCUUCAACCGCUUCACAGACACGCCAGCGGUGGAGGAGGCUUUACGAGAUGGCUGCCUGGCCUGCAUUCACCACAUUCUCUCCGCUGUCCGUUCCGAAUUAGCGACCGUUUCGCCAGAUCCCAGCCCAGCCAGCCUGAAUUCAGUUCUUUUCAUGGCGAGGCUGUGUCAAUCCAUUGGGGAACUGUGUCCCAAUCUCAAACACUGCAUUUUGGGACAACAGAAGGGGUGCGAGGCCGCAGCUAAAGUGACACCGAGGCAGAGUAAGAAAUUGGGCAGAGCGAAGGUGGCCCCGCAGUUCAGCGCUGCUCAGGCCAAGUGGGCGGAACUAAAGGAGGAGCUUCUCAACUGCAGCAUGGAGGCCUACCGUAUCUGGAUCUCUACUCUCUCAAAAAGGUUGCUCGAGCAGUUUCGAACAGCUCUUCACGCAGAUUCCGCCGGUGCCAUCUUGACAUAUGCUACAAACUGGGAAGAUCUCGAAAUCCAAGAGGAGGCUGAAUCAGGAAGCAGUGUUACAUCUAAAAUUCGUCUUCCUGUCCAGCCAUCUUUGUUCGUCCAGUCGCUACUCUUCGACCUGUGUGUGGAGGUUAACCGGGUGGGUGGUCAUGCACUGCCACAACCCACCCUGCAGGAGCUUCUGCAAGCCUGCUUGGAUCAAGCCUUGCAGCACUAUCAAAGCCUCACACAGCGAGUACCCCGGGAAGGUGCAUUUCCAAUGACUCAAAACAGAGCAUUGCAGCUGAUGUUUGACCUUCGUUAUCUUAACACCACUUUGUCUGCAAAUGUGGAAGAAGGCAAGACUUCCAAAUCCUGUCAAGAUCACAGGAUGCAGGAAGUCUGUGAUUGGCUGGAGAGCCACAUUGACCCUUUUGACCUGGAUGUGUUCACACCGCCGCUGAAUGCAAACCUCAGUCGUCUGUCCCAAAAAACAUCGGUGCUGUUUGGACUGGUGACUGGCUCAGAGAAGCAGUAUGCCCCGCGGAGCAGCAGCGUCAACACUCAGGAGCCUUACAACAUCCUUCCGCUGGCCAACACUCAAAUCAGGUUCGAGUUGCUGCCUCUCAGCAUGUCUGACACGCAUAAAUCAAAGUCGACCAGCAAAUGCUCCAGUGAACCGCACCAGUUGCCUAUUGCAUCCUCGUCAGCCGACAUUCAGGAAAGCUUCCGGCCAGGCAGCCUUUUCCGACAGAUGGCAGAAGACGAGGACGCCACCUCUCAAUCUUUAUUUAAACUCAGUUGGCUAUCAGGCAUGACAAAAUAACGUCGCACUACACAAAACUUGUAUUCUCAGAAUCUGCAUCAUCUUUACUGGCCAAUUGGGGGUGCGUUCGGAAAUUCGCUCUGACAGCCUGACACCACUUAAAGGGUGUUUGUGGUGCCGAGGCAGAGUGCUCUCCCCUCCUAAUAAUUUCUGAAAGCAGCCUGUUAUAAACCAAUCCAUUUUCCAACUGGACCAUCUAACGCAUUGCACGCACCGGGUCCCCAGUUAUCGCGUGCUGCAUGACUCAUUUUUUGAGGCACUCUGAAUAACCCAAAUGGCACAUUUGAACAGGACUCUGAAUGUCAGAGCGGUCAGAGUGAAGCAGUGCGCUCAGAGCAUCUUAUCGAUCACCCUUUGUCAGAAAAAAAGCAAUGAAUUUAUCUCUGAUAGUUUGAGCCACAUUUAAUGUUGCACCCAUAAAACAUGAAUGCCAAAUGUGUAUUAUUAAGGCUAAUUAACUUUUUUUUUUUCCUCUUCCCCCCUCAAUGCUACACCUACAAUCAGGGUUCUCCAAGUCCGGUCCUGUUGAGACCCUGUCUAGCCUCACGAGGACUGGACUUGGAGAUCUUUGCCUAAAACUAAUAAUCCUGCAAAUCUAAGAACGCACCGUCAUAGCUAGUGCUUUUUUUUAUACAGCUAAAAUUGUGUAUUUUUAAUGGAAUAUGAUUGAGUAUAAUAUGAAUAUAAAUUUGACUGCUGGAAAAUUCUGGCCAUCACAACACCUGAUGCAACCUCAAACAUGUUGCCUUCAACACAAAUAUUGAGCAGAAGGCCAUUUCCUACCACAUAUUUUAAUUUAAAAUGUUUUUUAUUUCUUAUGGAGUGUUCUAAUUUCUAGAGGUGGUGAACUUGUUAACUUUAAGCUAUAAUAAUCAAGAUUCUAUUAAAAGAAAACUCAAUAAAAUCAUGGAAUU